CAUCUAGUGCUACAAACUAAACCCUCAAAUCCCUUUCAAGUCGUUACGCCCGCCGGCACUCGGGACGCAAGAGUGUUUCUGGAGGAAAUGGGGAUCAGCGCGGCGCGGCAGCGGCGGCGGCGGCAGUGGACGCUGGCGCUGGUGACCGUGGCGGCGCUGCUGGAGCGCGCGGACGAGGCGCUGCUGCCGGCGGUGUACAGGGAGGUGGGCGCGGCGCUGGGGGCCUCGCCCACCGCGCUGGGCUCCCUCACGCUGUGCCGCGCGCUCGUGCAGGCCGUGUGCUACCCGCUCGCGACGUGCGCCGCCGCGCGCCACGACCGCGCGCGCGUCGUCGCCGCGGGCGCAUUCCUCUGGGCCGUGGCCACGCUGCUCGUCGGCGCCUCGGCCACAUUUCUCCAGAUGGCGUUGGCCAGGGGCUUCAACGGCGUCGGGCUGGCGCUCGUGGUGCCGGCGAUCUACUCCCUGGUGGCCGACUACAGCGACGACGCCACGCGUGGCUCGGCGUUCGGGUGGUUGGUGAUGGCACAGAGCAUGGGCCGUGUCGCGGGGAACUCCCUCGGCGUGCUGCUCGCGGCCACGAGCUUCCUCGGCGUCCCAGGCUGGCGGCUGGCGUUCUACGCCCUCGCGCUCGUCAGCGCCUCGCUCGCCUCCCUGACAUGGCUCCUCGGCGCGGACCCCCGCCCCAGCAGGACCAAGGCGACCGGCGCGGCCACGCUGGCCCGACUCGCCCGCGAGGCCAAGGACGUGGUGCGGGUGCCGACGUUCCAGAUCAUCGUGGCGCAGGGCGUGGCUGGGAGUGUCCCGUGGUCGGCUCUCGGCUUCGCCGCCAUGUGGCUGGAGCUCGUGGGGUUCACGCACUGGCAGACCAGUGCCAUCACCACCUUGAAUAGCCUCGCCAACGCGCUCGGCGCGCUGUUCGCGGGGUACGUCGGGGAUCCGCUGGCGCGGCGGUUCCCCAACACGGGGAGGAUCGCGCUGGCACAGGUGUGCACCGCGUCGACCGUCCCGCUCGCGGCCGUCCUGCUGCUCGCGCUCCCCGACGACCCCGCGGCGGGGGCUGCGUACGCCGCCGCCUUCUUCAUCCUGGGCUUCGUCAUGCCCUGGUGCCCUGCCACCACAAACUAUCCAAUUUUCGCGGAGAUCGUGCCGGAGAAGGCGAGGACGACGGUGUACGCCAUCGACAGGUGCCUCGAGUCGGUGUUCGCAUCGUUCGCGCCGCCGCUCGUGGGCAUCCUGGCGGAGCGCGUCUUCGGGUACCAGCCGGCCGCGUCCGGCACGAGCGUGGACGUCAACAGGGAGAACGCCGCCGCGCUGGGCAAGGCAGUGUUCGCGGAGGUCGCCGUGCCGAUCACCGUUUGCUGCCUCACGUACUCCGCGCUGUACUGGACCUACCCCGCGGACAGGCAGCGCGCACAGAUCGCCGCUCUGCAGGCGGCAGAGGAGGACCAGGACUACGACUGUGAAGCAAGUGCCGUUGCAAACGCUACUGCGGCAAAUGGCUUGAACCAGGCGCUACUACCACACGGGAGCAGAGUAGCAAAUUCUGCAGAGUAACGCAUGCCUCCAUGUAGAAUCACUUCAGGUUUCAGGAGUAUCUUCAUGGGACACUUCCAUUUCAAAUAUUGUAUGUAGAUACAGGGGAGGUUUUUUACUCCACAACAUCAUACAUGUACAUUCGCCUAAAAAAACAUCAUACAUGUAUGCUUGUAAAGAACUAGGAAGGUGUUCACGCAAAUAGCGCGGGUAGCUAGUUUAAUUUUCAAUCUUUAUAUUUUCUUUUUA